UGAUCAUGUCGGAUGUCAGUGACAGCAGUGAUCGAAGUGACAUAGAUGAGGCCAGUGACGUCAGUGAUGACAGUGGCAGCAGCGACGAUGAACCGAAGCAGCCGAGCUCGGAUCCGCAGAUCGGUGCUGGUUGUGCCCCAGCCGACAUACCGUUUGAAACUAUUCUCACUGAUGUCUGCUGCCAUCCAACACGAGAUGCAGUUGCCAUUGGCACGGUAGAUGGUGAUGCAUUUGUGCAUUCGUACGCUUUGGACGGUCCUAGUCGCGAACUGCUGCACCUGACACAUCAUCGCUCAUCCUGUCGCAAACUCCGGUUCUCGGCCGAUGGCUCCAUACUCUUCACGGGCUCCAAGGAUCAGUCCCUGUGCAUGGUUGAUCUGAAUUCAGGUGCAGUGUCUCAGCACCUCCCAGAGGCCCACAGUGCAUCCAUCUAUAGCCUGUGUGUUGUGGACGAGCACCUACUAGCAUCAGGGGACGAUGACGGUUGCGUCAAGGUGUGGGACCGCCGGACCAAUGCCGCCGUCAUGGAAUGCCGGGAAAGUGACGAUUUCAUCAGUGACUUGGCCACAGGGGACAACCACAGGGUACUACUGGCCACCAGUGGUGAUGGGACGCUGACAGCCUUUAAUCUGAGGCAGCGGGCACUCCAAUUGCAGUCGGAACCUCUCGAAGAUGAAUUCCUGUCGCUGGCUGUGCUCAAGCAUGGCCGUAAGGUGCUGGUUGGGGCUGGCGAUGGCAGUGUGAACUUGUUUACCUGGGGCCGGUGGGACAACAUGGAUGACCGGCUGCCAUUGGGCCGCUCACAAGGUGUUGACAGUCUUGCUGCCAUCACCGAGGACCUCUACUGCUUGGGUACCGCUGAUGGUCGUGUUCGGGUGGCAAGCGUGCUGCCAAACAAGUGCCUAGGCGUGCUGGGUUCGCACGGCCACUUCCCUGUCGAGAGUCUGUCGGUGUCUCGUGAUGGUCGCCUUGUGGCCAGCUGCUCUCAUGACCAGCGUGUCAAGUUCUGGGAUGUGUCGUCUGUAGAAAACCUUCGGCCACCGCGUGAAGACUUCUUCGCCGGUCUGGAGGCUGGGCCCGACUGACAACUAAACGAAGAGUGUUGCCUCGGUGGUGCUCAGUUGUUGUGAGUGCGACUGCUGAGCCACACUUUGUUGACAGGACUUGCAAGCCUGACCUUGCUGUUAUUGUUAUAAACGUAGUAAAAGACUCAUUCAUCAUCAGCUACGGAGCACUGCCUCCCACCGACAUUAGUGCCAAUCUCCUCUGAUGAAUUAAGUUCUGCACCACUUACUCAAGGAAUCGGUCUGAGGGAUUCACAUUUAUGAAUGCUCAUUAUUAUUGAGUAAUUCACAAGUCCCCAGUUUGUGAAUGUCUGCAGUUACGUGCUUUACAGUAUGCUACUAUUUACACACUUACCAACUCUCCACAUUUGCCCAUUAGACUCCCAAUUUAUGACUAGUCCUGCCGAUUAUACAGGCGGGACCAUAAAUCUCCCAUUAAGCAGCCAUAACCCGCCUAAAACGGCUAUAAAAAGGACAGCUGAUCUUAAAGUGCUCUUAUCCUGACAACUCCAAAAGCUUGCCCGAAGAGCCUCCCCUAUGGCCACUGAUGUAAAGAAAGGGGACGCUGCCGCAUUUCGAUAUGGCCGUGGUUAUUUACGGUAUGACGCAUUAUAUUUAUCUCAACAUGAAACUCUUGGUAACAUAACACUGCACCACAUGUCAGUUAGCUUCACUGUCAUACAAUGUUAUGCGUUGAAACGUUUCAAGUGUGGGAAGGGGCUACUGUACUUUGCGGGUCGCGACAUUUUGCGAUAUUAGGCCCUGUGCAUGUUUGUAAUAGCUACACAUGUGCACCGAUGUGAUCGUCGGCAUCUAAAAGCACUACUGUAAUAUUUAAGAGUUGUGUAUGACUACUGUGGCCAUGAGAAGCAAAAAAAUAAAGACGUUUGUGUGCGUGUGA